GUCCCAGACCUUUCUCCGUCUCAUGUAAUGGCAGACUCACUUUGUGUGAAACGUUGUUGAUCGUCUUCUGAGUUGCUGUUUGGUGUUAUCAGCAAAAAUUAUGGCUUUGAUUGGAAUCAUCUAGAAAAGACAUGUCUCUUGUUGCAUAUGAAAGCAGUGGAGAAGAGAGCGAAGGGGAAGAGCUAGAGGAAGUGCGAGAUGCAAGAAAUGAAGGGCCUAAGUUAGACUCUAAGGAUGAAACCAAAGGCAACGGACCUGUAAAAGUUCUGCACAAAGGGGUUAAGGCUGAUAAUACAUCGCCAGCAGAUGUAACUCCACUUUCACAGAAUGAGGGCAAUGCUGAGAAACCCAGGAAGGGAAUUUUCUCAUUCUUGCCCCCUCCAAAGAAACGAUCUGUUGAUUUCACCAUCGAUGAGGAAGACGAUAUUCCAUUUAAAAGGAGCGAAUUAGGAAGAGUAAAGGAGAAUGUAGACUCAUUAGAUCAUGUCAAUAAAGAUGGAAGUACAUCAAAGUCUGAAAUUUAUAACGGAACAUCGGCAAAACUGAAUUUGCCAAAACCAAAGCGUGUGGAUGACAAGCAAAAACUAAAAAUUGCUCUUCCAAGUCUGCCAGAUGAUGAUUCUGAUUCAGAUGACGAGGGUGCAAAAAGAAAACCUAUAAAGUCUUCGGGAAAAAUUGGAAGUGGAUUAUUAGGCUGUCUUCCACAACCAAAGCUCGGGCCAUCUUCAACCAAAGCUCCAACAAUUCAAUUGAACCAGAGAAAACCUAGCAGACUUCUUGUGCCAUAUACUUUGUCUAAAAAGAAAGAAGAACAGAACUCAAAAACUGAAAAACAGAAUGUUAAAGACAACGAGAGUGAUAGUGAUGAUGAUGGAGCAGCGCAAAGUUUUUUCUCAUUUGGGGAAAAAGAAAGCAAUGCUAGCAAUAUUUUGACAGACAGUUAUGAAAGGACUAACAGUAUAGAUAGUAAAAAAAUUAUAUCACAAAGUUCCCAAAAGACUAGAAGUACCAAUGACAAAGAAUCAGAUCUUUCAAACCACAUACCUAGGAACAUUACUUCUGCUAAAGCUGUAAGCAUUUCAAAAAGUCAGAUGCCAGCUGUUACCAAAGCUGUGACCUCUAAAUCUGCUACCCCUUCUGCAAUCCACAAACCAGUGUUGAACAAGAGGGAUGAAUCUGUAACAGGGCCAUAUCCUUCAAAAUCUAUGCAAAGUUCUGACAUUGAAAGUAAUGUGACAGGGCCUUAUGAAGACUCUUCAGUAGUAGGCCCAUAUGGAGGAGAUACUUCAGGUUAUGAAUAUGGAUCUUGUAGUUCCUCAGCUAACCCAUAUGGUGGUGUUGGACCUUUCAAUCCUGAUGCACCAUCAUAUGGUCAUGUUGGUACUGGUGCUAAUUUUGAUUAUGGACAGGACCAUGGGCAAAAAGCAUAUUUAGAUCCACAGCCAAACUACCAUCAUUAUCAAGGAGGUUAUGAAUCUACCAACACUGCAUUGCAGCAUGAGAGCAUUGAUGCUGAUCAGCUAAGACGCCUUCAAGGAAAACGCGAGCGCAGAUUACAGGAAGCUGAUUUUAUUGAUAUCCAUGGCGAAGAGAUGAAAUUUGACGAGUCAACAAGACUGAAAAAUAUGACUGAGGAAUCUUCUUACAAAUCUAACUUGCCAAAGAACGACAUGCCAAGCUCCCAACAAAGAAAAAAACAUCAGAUAACUUAUCUCGCCUUUCAGGCUAAAGAAAGGGAGGCUGAACUAAGGAAAAGCUGGGCUGCGAAUCAACAGACGAAACGGCAAACACAGCAGAAGUAUGGGUUCUAGCUACGUCACUGGUUGUCGAUUACCAAGUAAGAAAUAUAUUUCGACUGGUUUCGCUUCGCUUGCUAUGAAGCUUUAUCUCGCUUUGAAGAACUGCAAGGAGAAAACAUAGAACUGACUGCACAGAAGAACGUUCCAACGAAUGAUAAAAAACAAUUAAAAGUGUAGGUCUUCAAAAUGGGCGGGGAGGGGGUAGGGUUCGCGAUUUCACAUACUAGCGCAGAGAUGUAGAUGACGAUGAAAGACCAAUGAUCUAGAUGUCGUGUAUUUGCUGUCGAUUGAGCUACUUUUUGUUUCGAAUGCUGAAACUAUGAACCUAUUAACGUGUGUUUAAAGUUUUUAUCUUUCUUGACAGUCCCGCCGAUAACUUUUUUGGAGCUUGGGGUAUUAACAUGUAGCGCCCGUGAUGACGUCAUUAAAAUAUGAUUCUUGCUGUUUUUGUUUUUGUUGAGAGGCAGCUAACUGUCGUGCCCCUUCCCCAGGCCGGUUUGAGGAAGAAACACGCAUAAUUACACUGAAUAUUCGGUUCUUAUGCCAAUAUAUUGAAUUUAACAACAUGAUGGACAAUAAUCUCCACAACUUACAACACGCACGUAUUUCUAUUACUUCGUGUAACGCUGUUAACGAUGACGAAAUCGAUUUGUUAUCUUGCUAUCUGCAGGCCUUUGUCAAAAAUAUACCACAGAUUUGAAAUCCUUGUGUUGAAAUUAGUCUUUACUGAAAGUUUCAUGUC